AUGGUGCGCUUCACGUCGCUCUCUGCGCUCCCGACCAAGCGCGUGAACCGCGUGCUCGUCGUCGGGUCGCUUGAGACGUUGCAGCUGCAAGGCGCCCCCUCCAGUUUCCUGCACCAGACGCUCCUCCGCGCUUCUUCGAGCGCCGUCGAGAGUUCCACCGCAACCAAUGCGCUGCUCUUGCAGUACGCACUGAACUCGCUCCGUCCCAGCGUCGACAGCGGCGCCACGGCCGCGCUCUUGCUGCUGCCGACUUCUCCGUCCACAGAGUCGCCCCUGCACGUGACGCUGCACGCGCUGCCCACGCAAGUCUCGCGGUCCAACAGUCAGGCGCGUCCCCACGCGAUCACGUCGUUCCUCAAGCGCCACACGCAGUUGAUCAGCACACGAGACGCCGAGGAAGAAGAGGCCCCAGAAGAGAGAGACGACGAUGACGUCGUGCUCGUGGUGCUCGUGCUCCCGAGGCACGCGGACACGUGGCUGGCAGCUGGCGCUGCAGUCGCUCGAGCCGCGUCUUUGUACGAGCACAAGAGCCAGCGGCCGACCGCUUUGCCAGGACUCGAGACGAGAAAGCGCCGGUCGGACAGACUCCACGUCGUGUACGAGACGCCGCUGACGAGGGACGAGGAGACGCUCGUGCAACACACGGCGGACGCGAUCCAAUUGGCCGCGAGGCUCGUGGACGCGCCUCCGAAUGAACUGCACGCGGACGCGUUCGUCGCCGAAGCUCAAGCGGUGGCGGCGCGCACCUCGUCGAGGAUUACGAUCGUGCAGGGCGAGGAGCUCCGGCAACAGGGAUUUGGCGGCAUUUACGGCGUCGGGAAAGCAGCGACGCACGCGCCCGCGCUCGUGUGUUUGAGUCACGUGCCGGACGGGGCGGACGAGGUCCCGAGUGUCGCGAUGGUGGGCAAAGGCAUCAUCUUUGACACGGGUGGGCUCUCGAUCAAGACGGGGGGCAACAUGGUCGGCAUGAAGCGCGACAUGGGCGGCGCAGCGGCGCUCUUGGCAGCGUUUGAAGCCGCGUGUCACGCGAGGAACACGACGGACAAGACGCCGCUGCACGUGGUCCUGUGUGUGGCAGAGAACGCGGUGGGACCCGAUGCCACGCGUGUGGACGAUGUGCUCGUGAUGUACUCGGGGAAGACGGUGGAGGUCAACAAUACCGACGCGGAAGGGCGUCUCGUGCUGGCUGAUGGCGUCGCGUAUGCGGUGAAACACCUGAAGCCAAAGGUGAUUGUGGACAUGGCCACACUCACUGGAGCGCAGGGUAUUGCGACGGGCACUCGCAUUGGAGCCAUCUACACAAAUGACGAGGAGCUCGAGAUGAUGGCGGUCAAGGCAGGGAAAGUCUCGGGUGACUUGGUGCACCCGAUGCCGUACGCGCCCGAGUUCCACCGGCUCGAGUUCAAGAGCACGAUCGCAGACAUGAAAAACUCGGUGAAAAGCCGGACGAACGGGCAAGUGUCUUGUGCUGGGCAGUUCAUCGCGAACCACUUGGGCGAGUUUGAGCGCACGGGCAAGUGGCUGCAUGUGGAUAUGGCAUACCCCGCGUUUACGAGUGAUGACGAGCGGGCAACGGGUUUUGGCGUUGCGUUCAUGCAGUCGUUGCUGAAGGAGAUUGACAACGCGGACUGGUAA